CAAUAAUACAUUGUGAAGAUCGACUCCAGACUCCAAAGCAAUGAAUCUAAUUGUUGGGGGUUUCAAACAAUAAGUUGAGCACAAACCCAAAUCUUGAAACAGGAUCGUCAGUGACGUCUUGUCUGAGCCCAUCCAGCUAGCCUUGUGCCGUUCGUCAACAUCAACACUCACCUCACUUCACACAACCCACCAUCAAAGCCUCUAUUCCAAUCAUUACACUUACCUCUCUUGACGAAUUGAUCCUCCGCACCUCCCUCCACCGUAACCCAACAUGACAGACCUAACCCCAAAUCCGCCCUCUCAAAUCAACAUUCGCUACCCCUCCCUCUACCAAACCUCCUCCGCCUCAGCUACCCAAGAAGAAGCACCAGCCUGGCAACCACCCCCACUAGAGUUCCUCGAGCGGACAUGGACCGUUACCCAUAGCACGCUGCCCAUGUGGCGCAAAGCGAAGAACGUGAGGAUUACGUAUAAAAUUAUCCCCGGAAACGGCACGGGGACAGGGACGGGGCCGGUGUUGUUGGAUGAUGUGGUUGAGAGUGUACCUACUGCACGGACGUUCCUCCCACAACCGAGGAUGAUUAAGGGCGUCGAUACACCGGAUGAGAAGGUGCCGGCGGCGUGGAAUUGGAUGGGGAGGGGGUGGUUGAGGAUUACUAGUAGUCAUUGGGAGGUCUUGGGGUGGGGAGAAAGGGAUGGAGAGGGGGAUGGGGGGAAGGAGAGGUGGGUUGUUACGUGGUUUGCGCCGAGUUUGUUUACGCCGGCGGGGGUGGAUGUUUAUUCUGAUCGGAGGGGAGGGGGGAGUCACGCGUUGGUGGAAGAGUUGUUGCGGAGGUUGGAGGGGUUGGGGUGUAGGGAGGUGAGUGAGGUUUGUAGGGGGGAGAUGAGGAAGGUUGUUGUUGAUGAUGCUUAG